GCGAGCCCAGCCUGUCUCCGCGCUCGCUGGCUUCCUUCCUCUCGCAACCUCUCGCAACCGUGCAUGGCGCGGGAGGGGGGAGACGAAUCAUAAGGAUCCCCCGCCAUGCUUCCGGAAGAAGGCCAGGGCGAUGCGGCGCUGACAGGGUUAACCCUGCAAGCCGCAGCUGCAGAAGACCCCGGGAAGGCGCCGCAGCCCCUCCAGGGAAGGUCUCCUUUGCCGCUGCACCGGAAGGUCUGCUAUGCCAUCGGGGGUGCCCCGUACCAGCUCACGGGCAACGCGCUUGGGUUUUUCCUCCAGAUCUUCCUGCUUGACGUCGUGCAGCUGGAACCUUUCCACGCAUCUCUGAUCCUCUUCCUGGGGCGAGCCUGGGAUGCAGUGACGGACCCGGCUGUGGGAUUCCUGGUCAGCAGAAGCCCUCGCAGGAGAUGCGGCAAACUGAUCCCCUGGAUCGUCGCUUCCACACCUUUUGGUGUCUUCUUCUACUUCUUGCUAUGGUUUGUCCCUUCCGAUUCCUUCUCUGUGUCCCUGAGGUUCCUUUGGUACUUGGUGACGUACUGUUUCUUCCAGACCUGCAUGAGCUGCUACCACGUGCCGUAUUCCUCGCUGACUAUGUUCCUGGGAGGGAACCAGAGAGAACGGGACUCCGCCACUGCCUACAGGAUGGGUGUGGAGGUGUUAAGUACGCUGGUCGGGUCCGGCAUCCAAGGCCAGAUCGUUGGCAGCCACCACGCGAGCAUGCAGAAGAGCUGUGACGUGGAGAACGGCACCUCCCCGGGGAACGGCACCUCUCUUCUCACCCACACGCUGGAGGACACACGCAGGUCGUACCUGGUGGCCGCCACGGUGCUGGGAUUCCUCUACUGUGUGUCCUGCCUGGUCCUCUUUUUCGGCGUGAAGGAGCAGCCAGGUCCCCUCAGCCCUUUGGGAAAGGCUAGGCUGCCCUUCUUCAGGAGCCUGCGGAUCAUCCUGAGUCACCGAUCUUACGUCUGGCUCCUCUGCGGCUUCUUGUGUGCCUCGCUGGCCUUCCAGCUCGCCCAGGGGAUUUUCGCCUUCUUCUGCACACAUGCAGCUGGACUGCCUGGGACCUUCCAACACCUGGUGCUCAUCAUGCUGGUGGUGGCCUGCUUCUCCAUCCCCGUCUGGCAGUGGUUCCUGGUCAGGUUUGGGAAGAAAACGGCUGUUUUUGUGGGUCUGUCGCUCAUCAUCCCGGCUCUCAUCGUCAUCACGCUGGUGACCCACAAUUUCCUGGUCUUCGCUUUCAUGGUGGCCCUCGCCGGGUGCAGCCUCUCGGUUCUCUACUUGUUGCCAUGGUCUAUGCUGCCGGACGCGGUGGAUGACUUCAAGCUCCGCAACCCCACCUGCCUCAACCUGGAAGCCUUUUUCUACUCCUUCUACGUGUUCUUCAACAAGUUCGCGGGAGGGCUUUCGCUUGGGGUUUCCACGAUGAGCUUGCAUUUUGCAGGCUACAGCGCCAAAGACUGCUCGCACAACCCCCCGGUCAUCCUCACCCUGCGCAUUCUGAUGGCACCCAUCCCCAUUGCUCUGCUGCUGUUGUCCAUGGCUCUGUUCUGCUCCUACCCCAUCAACGAAGAGCGGCGGAAAGAGAUGCGAGUGGAGAUGGAGGCUUCCGGCCGUCGAGGACAGACCGACAGCCCGGAGUCGGAUGCGACUUAAGCCCCAUCUGGAGAAUAACGUGACCGUGUACUCCCGCCUGGCUGUGGACGAGAGAGGUCGGCGCUGUUGCGGGAAAGACCUCGAUGCUUCUCGCUCCUGACUUCUGCACGGCAAAGAACAGAUCUUCGCCAUAUCUCUCGGAGCAUGCAAGAAAGUUUCAUUGGCUUGUUUAAGAUACCAGAUAAAGGAAUCCCGUGAGGCUUGAUCGAAGCCUUCCUACAUAAGGACAGUUUUUCCUCACUGUGCUACGGAUACGGUGGCUUCGACUGAUGGGUUUAAACGCUACGAAAGACCUUCUUUUUAUCGGGAUGACGGAUCGAGCAAGUGGGAACAGAUUGCUGAAUGCAACGGUGGGUUCUCCUUCCUUGGAGAGAAGGUCAAACAGCUGUCCGGAAUGCUCUCUAUAUCAUCCUCUUCUGUCUUUGUAUGAGGAAGGAAAAGGGACAUUUGCCAAGGUCAUGUAGACGUGCAAUAUCAGCAUGUCCCAAAUGCCGGGGAUCUGGGCGACCCCAAAUAAGAUGCCAAGUGGCGCUAGUCCAAAACUCUGUGUCAGCCUUCUCUGAGAUCUGCCCAUGCAGCUCAACGGAUAACCUUGGGCCAGUCAUUAAGAACAUAAGA